AUGACGAUGAAAUAUCACACUCAGAUGUCCGACGAGCUCUCGAUGCAUCUUCUAACAACGCCUAUCGUCUACCGCCUUCUCACCUUCAAGGCCAGUCCGCAGCGCACUAAACUUGUGGGAACAAUUCUUCUCAUUCUCUUCACCACUGUCAUGGUCACCCACAUGGUGAUGGAUGAAUUCCUGCUGCAUGCAAGCACUUUUGGUCUGAGCAUCUACGUCAUCGCAACCCAUUCCUUGAAGAUUAUUUCUCAGCAGGUGCCUGAUCCCGCAAUCAGAAAGACUCUGCGAAAUAUCUCCAUCCUGGGCAUGAUGUCUUUCGCAUUUGGCUAUUUUGUCUGGCUAAUCGACGACUGGGCAUGCAAUAUCUUGACCGAUGUGAGGCAUACAGUUGGUAUUCCUUUAGCAUUUCUAUUCGAAUUGCACGGAUGGUGGCAUGUUUUUACCGCUAUUGGCGGUUAUAUCGCCGUCGCAGUCGUUGAUUUGGUCAUCACGGGCGACGUUGACAGAGAUCCUACCGAUCAACUUGCCUGGCCCGUUCCUUUUGCUGCGAGACUCAUGUCUAGUUCCCAAAAGUCGACAAAGCAAUCGUAG